AACCCUGGCCAUUCUGUGUGUGAUUCUGUGUGCCAGGUUCUUCAGGGAAAGCAGGGUGGAGGCAGGGCCUGCCUUCCUCUGCACAAAGUGCUGGGAAAGCCUCGUUUCUCUCUGUAACAGGGGAAUAGUGGAAACCAUCUCUGGGCCAAAGACAGCCAAAGGAUGAGGAAGGAUCAUAGAAUUAUUGAGGAUGGAAAAGACCACUGAGGUCAUCCAGUCCAAACGCCAACCCACUCCCAUUGUGCCUGCUAACCGUGUCCCUCAGGAUGCUAGAAAUGAGGAAGGACGGUGUGACAACCCAGGACAAACACAGUGGGACACGUUGGCAGCACCUCGUAGGACCGGCCCUGGCAGCACGAGUUUGGCAGCACGGCUGGAGGAAAGGUGUACCCAGGCAAGCCCCGGAGCUGUUAAGAGCCCGGGAAGGAAUACUUGGCUUUGAGCACCCGUUCCUGGGUGUUCCACAGGGAAGGAGCUCGCCGAGCGGCCGCGGAUCCCGCCGCACUGCUCGCUGCCCGCAGAUCCGAGCCGGGAACGCCACCUGGCGGGAGCGGGGCUCGAACCCGCGAUCACAAUACUUCCUCCCACCGCCCUCCUCCUCCCUCCCUCAACCUCGCGGUGCGUUCACAAAAGGCUCCGGGUACUUCCGGUCGCGGCGUGGCGGGACCGGAAGUGGCGCUGCCCGGGCCCGUGUGCUGCUCGCACCGUCCCGGUGGCCGCGGAGCUGGAGCGGUGGAUGUGCCACCACCAGGAGCUGCACACUGACUCCAGCUCUUUGCUCUCCCUUUCCCCGGAGCUGGACAGGACGGUGGCGGGCAAAGGCAGCAGGCAGGCAGCGAGAUGGCCACGGGUGCAGAUGUGCGGGACAUCCUGGAGCUGGGGGGUGUGGAGUCUGAGAACACGGGCACCAUCAAUAAGAAGGAUAUCAUCAACUCAGAUAAGAAAAAAUCCAAGAAAUCUUCAGAGACGUUGACGUUUAAGAGGCCAGAAGGAAUGCACAGAGAAGUUUAUGCACUCCUCUACUCUGACAAAAAGGAUGCACCUCCACUGCUGCCAAGUGAUACAACUCAGGGUUAUCGAACAGUCAAAGCAAAGCUGGGGUCGAAGAAAGUCCGGCCUUGGAAGUGGAUGCCCUUCACCAACCCAGCAAGAAAAGAUGGAGCUAUGUUCUACCACUGGAGGAGAGCAGCAGAGGAGGGAAAGGACUACCCGUUUGCCAGGUUCAAUAAAACAGUGCAGGUACCUGUCUACUCAGAGCAGGAGUACCAGAUGUAUCUCCAUGAUGAUGCGUGGACCAAAGCAGAGACAGACCACCUCUUCGACUUGGCUCGGCGUUUUGACUUGCGCUUCGUGGUGAUUCAUGACCGCUAUGAUCACCAGCAGUUUAAGAAAAGAUCUGUGGAAGACCUGAAGGAACGGUAUUACCACAUUUGUGCCAAGCUGGCUAAUAUUCGUGCAGCUCCAGGCACAGACCUGAAAAUCCCAGUUUUUGAUGCUGGCCAUGAGAGGAGGAGGAAGGAACAACUGGAAAGGCUGUACAAUAGGACACCAGAACAGGUGGCAGAAGAAGAAUAUCUCAUUCAGGAGCUCCGCAAAAUUGAAACCAGAAAGAAGGAGAGAGAGAAGAGAACACAAGAUCUGCAGAAACUCAUCACAGCUGCUGACACCACCACUGAACAGAGACGCGCUGAACGCAAGGCUCCCAAGAAGAAGCUGCCGCAGAAGAAAGAGACAGAGAAGCCUGCCGUUCCUGAGACUGCUGGCAUCAAGUUUCCUGACUUCAAAUCUGCAGGUGUCACGCUGCGAAGCCAGAGGAUGAAACUGCCAAGCUCGGUGGGACAGAAGAAGAUUAAAGCCCUGGAGCAGAUGCUGAUGGAACUCGGAGUAGAUCUCAACCCUAUGCCCACUGAGGAGAUUGUGCAGAUGUUCAACGAGCUGCGGAGCGACCUGGUACUACUGUAUGAGCUGAAGCAAGCCUUUGCCAACUGUGAAUACGAGCUGCAGAUGUUACGGCAUCGCUAUGAGGCCCUGGCCAAAGCUGGUAGUAUCGGCCCCCUCAGUGUGGAAGGCACCCAUCCAGAUGGCCAGACAGGGCUCGGCAUCGAGGAGGGCAAGGGGGAUGCCAAGGACCAGAUCAUUGACGUAGUAGGAGCACCACUGACCCCCAACUCGGUGAGAAGGAAGGUUGUGGGGGCAGAACAGGGAGCACUCAGGUCUCCGACGCAGAUGCCGUGACGAGCACUGGGGAUGCUGCCCUGCUCUCCCUCCAGGCGUGCGCGUCCAAGAGAGCACAGCACGCCUUUUCCCCCAAGUCCCAGUGCUCUCUGGGCUUGUCUCCUGUGCUGGACAGUGUUCUUGGUGCUAUAGGUGGGGUCAGCAGGUCUUUCUUCAUCCUGCAUGCAGGCAGAUGGCUUGAUGUGGGUGCCAUCGUGGACCAAAGCAGUGAAGCUUUGCCUGACGAGAGCUUGCACCAGGGCAGCGGCAGUGAUGCCAGUACAGCUGCAGGCCUGAGGCAUUUUCCUCCAAGCCACAUAAGGGCUGCUGAGCAGAGGGAAGCAAGCGGGAAAAGCGGUCUUGAUACAAUGAGCCAUGACCUGCCCAAGUCCCUGGAGUCGAGUGGUGUCCUGCCUGGGGCAGAAGACUUGGGAAGGAGAGAGCUAUUUGAAGAGCUGAGCAGUGUUUCCAUACUCUGCUUCCAGUGCUGAGGAAGAAAAGCCAGACCUCGGAGUUCUAGAAGCCACUGAAGCUUUGCCACGAGCCCUGCAACAGCACCCAGUGCAUGUCCAUCUGCAGGUUGUAAAUCAGCAGCCCUCUCCUCCUAACUCCAUGAGGGCAAGUUGCCCGGCCCCUCGCUCUCAGCCCAGAGGCAGUGGUGUGCUUAGAGGUCAGGCAAGGCUGCUUUCCCCUCUGUGCGCUCCCCUGGAACAGCUGAGCUGAACUGUCUGAUAAAAAGCUGCCUGUCUCCACGCAGUGGCAUCCCUGACGCCUCAGAUAUACUGCCCCUGCUAGCGUCACAGACCUUUAUUUUCUAAAAUGUAUAAUGUAUUAUUUCAGGAUAUUCGGAACACCUUAUCUGUCAACAGCAGAGGUGACGCAUUAAUCUGGACUUGAGUAAUGUCCUGUUCAGUUGUGACAACAUGGAGUCAUAAGGAAGUGUUCCACCGAGACAGGUUCAUGUUUGCAAAGAAGUCUUUUGCAUCUUUCUUUCACUGCAUUCAGUCUCACCCUUCGAUGCGGUCCAGAAUAUCCCAGUUGGUGAAUGCUCGGCGCUGGUUCACAUCACACUGCCUUCCCUCGAGACCGCUUGAUGGGAAGGUGGUGGUGGCAGCAGCCGUGGCUGCAGGAGAGGGAGCCCAAGCGUGUUUCUGACCACAUUCUUCCUCAGCCCCACCUCUUGGAGAUGGAAACAAAGAGGUGGGCCCGGGCAGCACAGAGAGGGUUAAACUGACCUCGUCUCUGACAUAUUUGAAAGAAAUAUAAUCAAGUUAAUUCACUGCAAGGCAAAUUCAGUACCUAAAGGGCCUCCAUGUUAAAUACAGCACUGACCUUUACCGGCUGAUUACACAAAGACGACACAAUUAGAUUAGUCCAAGACAAAAGGUCAAGCACAUUCACACUGUGACCAUUUUAUGCUACCUUUAGAGGGGGGAAAAAAUUACCUCCCAGCUGGAGGGGUAUCUGGAUGAGGAGGGGAACGGGACCGCUGUGCCACCCUCUGCUUGGCUUACGUAUGUUUGGGGUGUCACAGACAGGUUCAGGCACCAUGCUUCCCUCUACCUUCCCUGCAGUUCUGGGUGCUCAGGCAGUAUAGGGGACCAGCAGCCCAUGGCCCACAACCUGCUGUGAGUUGGCAGGAUGCUGGCAGGAUGCGUGCUGGUGUGUCCCGCUACAGUGCUGGGUUAGCAAUGCCAGUAGUGCAAGCAGACAGCUGUUUGUUGAGCAGGUGUUGUGUCAGGGCAUUCCCAGCCUGCCUGCUCAGCAGCAUGAUGCUGCCUCCCUCCUGCAGCCCUGGCCCUGGGUGUUUGUUGGUGAUGCCCUGCCCUUUGCCAGGGCUGCUGCAGGGGUUUAAGCUGGCUAUGCCAACCUGGCGCUGAGGUCCAGCCUGUGCUUUGCCACUGAGCUGCCUCGGGGAGAGUCGCAUAAUCUCCCUGCUUAUAGAUUCCUCCAAGUUAGAGAAUCCCUUUGUGCUGCGCAUCCACGGCACUCCAUGUGUUGGAUUAAGCAUGGAUUAGUUCAGUUCUGAGCCAGCUGCUCCCCUGAAGCCAGCUUUGGUUCCCCAGAGAGAAGUAUCUUGCUCCAGAUGUUGGAGGCAGUGAGUGGCAAAGCAAGGAACAGGACAGCAAGCCCCAUCUCCCCUAUCAUGCUCUACAAGCCUCAAUUCCUUUUCAGGUGUUGGCAGGGCUGGGUGAGGGCACACCAGAGUCCUGAGAUCCAGGCUGUCAGUAGCUGCCCCAUCCCUCCCUCGCGGCAGUGCUGUUGGCACUUUGUCCCCUUAGGAGCGGUGUCCCAGUAGCUGGGGCCAGCAGGAAGCCCUGCACGGUGCUGCCUGGCCAUGGCCACCUCAUCCCUUCCACGGCUGCCAUCCCCCCUCCCAGGGGCUGCGGUGCCGGCGCUGACCAUUAAAGCCGAGCUGGGAUCCCCCUGGUGCUGACCCCAGUAGGGACUGUGCUCGGGGCCUUCGGGAGGUGAAAGGUGAGCCGAACUCGGAACAAAUUAGUUCCAAGCAGAAGUUCAGCCAGUUACUCCAGAUUGGAUCCUUUGAUUUCCGCAACUCAGACUCCACUCAGUGAUCUGUAAUGAGUGACUCUCAGAAAUCCUCACAUUGCAGCACUUUGUUCCCGAGCUCACAAGUCAGCCCAUUAAUGGGUAAAGGAAAAGACCUUGAGUCUAAGAAGUCUCGGGUUCAGAGUCAGAAUUAUUUGACUUUUAAGCUUCCUUUAUCUGAACUCCUGCUGACUUCUUGUUUUCUGAGCCUGUUUGAAAGCUAGAAGUUACAUUGUUAAGAUCAAACAUUCUCUCUUUCCAGAUGGAGUUACA